GUCAGAAGUCACAGUCACGAGUGCGCAUCUGACCUGAUCCGGCUGAAGGUGCGUGGUGUGCCCUUUGCAAACAUUCGUCAGCCCUGAUCAACAUCCGUGACCCUCCCUACCUGUCGCUCCUUUGCGCUACUCGUGACUCCUAGCUGCAUCAGUUGCUAGCCACUGCUCCAUCUCCUUGCGGCCGUGACCUGUCCGUGUGCUGACUUCUACAUCUACAAGGCCCCAAGACUUGUCCUGUUUGUCAUCCUCGAGCCUAAUCAUUAUAUAUAUCGAGCGCCUCAUUCUAGACUUCGACACCUGCUCUUUGAUCUUCUCGUCACAUCAUCGCUACAGCUUAACACAGUGCAGCAUAGCCUCUUUGCAAUACCUCUCCAAGCGAGAAACAGCACAGCAACAGACGAUCCCACUACGUUCUGGACACCGAGCCUUCGCUGCCCUCCACACCAACACCGCAGUCGCAAUGGUUCCAGCACCUACUUUGUUCGACGAGCGCACAGAUGCUGCCGCAUCAACUGCACCAGCGACCAGUGGAGCCGCAAAUGGCACCGCAGCUUACGGAUUCAGCACGCGAGCCAUUCACGUCGGGAGCGAGCCUGAUGCCGGCACCUCUGCAGUGAUUCCUGCCAUCAGCCUUUCCACGACCUACAAGCAAGACGGCGUAGGCAAUUUCAAGGGCUUCGAGUACUCUCGUAGCGCCAACCCCAACAGAGACUCGUUCGAGCGCGCCCUGGCGUCGCUGGAAGGGGCGAAGCAUGGACUUGGCUUUAGCAGCGGUAGUGCGGUGACUGCCACGAUCCUGGCUGCGCUUCCACCCGCCAGUCACAUCGUCAGCGUGAAUGACGUGUACGGAGGCACCUACAGGUACUUUACCAAGGUGGCUUCCACAACCCAGAAUAUUAAUGUGGACUUUGUAGAGAUGGGAGGAGAAGCGGCAGCGGUUGAAGAAAGGCUGCGAGACGCUGUCAAGCCCGAGACAAAGAUCGUCUGGGUAGAAACGCCUACCAACCCUACUUUGCGCCUCAUCGACAUUAACCUGGUAGCGAGGGUGAUCAAAUCGAUUGCGCCUUCAGCAGCUCUGGUCGUGGACAGCACCUUCUUAUCGCCAUGGUAUCAGAACCCUUUGACUCUGGGCGCAGACAUUGUGGUACACAGCAUCACCAAGUACAUCAACGGCCACUCGGAUGUGGUGAUGGGCGCAGCAGUGACCAACUCGGACGAGUGGGCAAACAAGUUGAGAUUCUUGCAAAACUCCAUCGGAGCUGUGCCUUCUGCGUUCGACAGCUGGCUAGCUCUGCGAGGCCUCAAGACUCUAGCCCUGCGUUUGAAAGCGCACGGACAAUCCGCACUGGCAGUCGCGACCUACCUCUCUUCGCACCCAGCCGUUGACGAGGUGCUCUACCCCGGACUGCCCUCGCACGCAUCUCACGCUCUGGCGAGAAGACAAGUGUCGAAGAGGGCCGCUCCCAAAGAAGCGUCAGGCCCGUUUGCGUAUGGAGGGAUGGUUUCCUUCAGACUCAAGUCCGACCCAAAGGACGAGAGGCCUGCCAAGGAGGUGCUCAAGAACACUCACGUCUUCACGCUCGCAGAGAGCUUGGGUGGCGUGGAGAGCCUGAUCGAGCUUCCUAGCUUGAUGACUCACGCCAGUGUCAGUCCGGAGGAUCGCGAAAAGCUUGGCGUCGAGCACAAUCUGAUCAGAGUCAGUGUGGGCCUGGAAGACAUCGACGACCUCAUCGCAGACCUCGACGGUGCUUUCAAAGCGGCAAACCUUGCAUAGAGCUUGCUACACAUUCGACAACACUGCGCUACGAGUUUACUUGCAUCUAGAAUACCUUACCCCUUCACUCGCCCCUGUAAUGUAUGCGAUCGCCAGAAUGGACAUUUUGAUUGCGCAGGAGA